CGGGGAAACACAAAAAUAAACAGAAAAUUUUUUCACUCAAUUAAACUGUUUGCAUUUCAAUUUUAAUUUUUAAUCAACUUAGAUAAAUUAGUGUUUAAUUGUUUUUUUUUCUAAAUCAUCUUAUUGUUCUCAUGAUGAAUUUCCAUCAAUACAUUAACCUUGUCCAUUCUUAUAUUGAGGAAAAGCGGGGUAGCGCUUUGUCUCGUAUGUUGACCUACCAGGACACUGAACAUGCGACCAGUGAAAUUAUAAUGAAUGAAGUGAAUCAAAAUUAUAUUAACAGUAGAAUCAAUCCUAAUUGGUCUCAAAUUGUCUUUGGUCAUAUCCAUUGUUGUUUCCUGUUGUUUAACGGUGAUUACAUAAAUGCCUACAAAGAGCAAUGUAAUUGUGUUGCCCUUUUGAGUAAAGGAUUGGCAGUGAUGAAGGAGGAAAAUUGGAUGGCCCCAGUUAUUUGUUUAAUGGCUCGUGAUUUAAGGUUAUUAGCGAUCGCUGCUGAUAUACAAAAUGCUCAUAAAAACUCUGGUAAAUCAAGGGAAGGAUUAUAUAUUCCAAAUGAGUAUCUGGAAAAAGCGGCUGAACCAUUGAUGGCUUUAUUCCGAGCUGUUUGUACCGAUAACCGAACCUCAAUUGAUCGUACUAAAAGAGUUGCCAUGAUGAAUUUGAUUAAUCAAUUGUUUAAAAUAUAUUUUAGGGUUAACAAGCUUCACCUUUGUAGACCUUUAAUUAGAGCAUUAGAUUCAUCAACCAAUAUGAUGGACAGUUUUACCAAAGCUCAAAAGGUGACCUACUAUUAUUAUCUUGGAAUGAAAAAUAUGUUCGAUUCAGAUUAUAAGACUGCCGAUGAACUUUUAUCUUAUUCUUUCGCUAAUUGUCAUCCCAAAUCUUUAAAGAACAAGAGACUCAUCUUAAUCUUCCUUAUACCGGUGAAAAUGCUCCUUGGUGUUAUGCCGACUCAACAAUUACUUGAAAAGUAUCAUUUGUUACCCUUUGCCCCGAUUGCCAGAGCAGUUAAACAAGGAAAUCUAAGUGACCUGGUCAAUGCUUUGGAAACUUAUUCAGAUUUUUUCUGGAAAUUUGGAAUCUACCUGAUAUUGGAUAAACUAAAGAUAAUCGCUUAUAGAAAUGCUUUCAAAAAAGUUUGUCUCAUCAUGAAAACACAUCAAGUUCCAAUUGAAGCUUUCCGAGUGAUUCUUAAAUUCUUACGUAAAGAAGAUGUCUCCAUAGAAGAGGUUAAUUGUAUUCUAGCAAAUUUAAUUUUCGAGGGUAAAAUUAAGGGAUACAUUUCACUUGCCCAUCAGAAAUUAGUUGUGUCAAAACAAAAUCCAUUUCCACCGUUAACCCAAACAUCCUGAGAGAAAUAGAAGAAAGAAAAAAAUUUAUAAUUCGAGUGAAAUAAUCAUGAUAAUAGAAACAAUCUCCAAACCAACAGAGCUGAAUACUUUCUGAUAAUGAUCAUAAUCAUUAUCGUUAUCAUGAUUUUCUUGAAAAAUGUUGUAUUUUUCAUGUAAUCAUAUCAACAUCAUGCUACAUAUUCACAAACUAUUUUAUUAUUUCUCUUGUUAACAUUACUAAUAAUAACACAAUAUGUAUAUCUUUUUGCAUAAAAUCCCCUCAAGCGAUGGCUAAAUCAUCAUUAAUCACCUAUUUCUCUGCAUCUCCUCCGUUAUCACCAUCAUGUUUGAGAAGCAGAGAACCAUCAAAUUUAACUGAUUACCGUUAUUUUUUCAACAGAACAAAAAUGAAAUAAAAAUAACAGAGAUGCAAACAGUUCCUAUUAUGACAAUAA